AUGACUAAUGGUAACGGGUCCAUCAACGGACAAUCUAUGCGAGGUAUUAGCGAAGCUGGCAGUGCGAUGUCAGAUGAAAGUGAACAGGCUCCACCUGCCACUCGCGGCAAGGGCAAACGAAAUUCAGGCGCCGGAGCAGCUACUACAAAUGGAAGACGGAAAGCUGAAGAGCCUCCUGCCAAGGGUCCUGCAAACAAGAAAGCCAAGACCAACGGUGGUGCUCCAUCGGUCAAUAGUAAUGACGACGAUGAUGAAGAUCAUUCUGACGAUGACUCAAAGAUGGACGGACCCAAGUCAAAGAUGACAGACGAGGAGAAGCGGAAGAAUUUCCUCGAGCGCAACAGGGUUGCUGCUCUCAAAUGUCGUCAACGAAAGAAACAGUGGCUUGCCAACUUGCAGUCUAAGGUGGAAAUGUUUAGCUCCGAGAAUGAUGCUUUGACAGCUCAGAUUUCUCAACUUCGUGAGGAGGUUGUCAACCUUAAGACAUUGCUUUUGGCCCACAAAGACUGCCCCGUAACACAACAGCAAGGACUUCAUGGUGCUUUUAUGCAGCAGGCAGCCAUGGAGCCCUUCAACCCACAGAUGAAUCCUUAUGGCAUGGCUGCUCCUAUGCCUGCUCAACAGAUCAUGGCUGGACAGGGCCAAAGACGGUUCUCAUGA